CAGGUGCUGGACCUGGGACAGGUGGUGGCCGGCAACUUUUGCGGAGGCCUGCUGGCGUACUUCGGAGCAGACGUGAUCAAAGUGGAGCCGCCCGGCCGCGGCGACGCGCUGCGCCACCUGCGCAUGGCAGACGCCGGCGGCACCUCCCUCUGGUGGCGCUCCUACGGCCGCAACCGGCGCUGCAUGACGAUUGACCUUCACAACGAGGAGGGGCGGCAGCUGAACUUCAGGCCGGGGGUGAUGGAGAAGUGGCAGCUAGGCCCCGGCGACCUGAAGCCGGAGCUGGUGUACACUCGCAUCUCGGGAUAUGGGCAGUCGGGGCCCAAGGCGCACCUGCCUGGGUACGCCAGCGUCUGCGAGUCGUUUGGCGGCUUCAGCAGAUACAUCAACGGUUACUCCGACCGCGCCCCCGUGCGCCCCAACAUCAGCCUGGGCGACAGCCUGGCGGGCCUGCACGCCGCCUUUGGCACCGUCAUGGCGCUGCUGCACCGCACCCGGUUGGGGCCCGCUGGCACCGGCCAGGUGGUAGAUGCCGCCAUCAGCGAGUCCAUGUUCAAUAUGCUGGAGGGAUGCAUCCCCGAGUUUGCGGCGCACGGCUUCGUGCGCCCGCCCAGCGGUAGCACGCUCACAGGCGUGGUCCCCAGCGGGACGUGGAAGGCCCAGGACGGCGUGUAUGUGGUGAUCGGUGGCAACGGGAAUUCAGUUUAUAGCAGACUGAUUGCGGCGAUGGGCCGGCCCGACAUGGGCAUCGAUAACCCCAAGUUUGCGACCGACAGCAAGCGAUGCGAGAAUGAGCGGGAGAUUCUUGACGUCAUUGAGGAGUGGGUGGCCAGCCACAGCUCGGCAGAGGUGAUGGCCGCGAUGAACGAGGCGAGGGUGCCAGCGGGGCCCAUCCUCAGUACCGCAGACAUUGCUGCGGAGCCGCAGUACCAAGCCCGCGGCAUGCUGCAGAAGGCGGCGCCGCCCUCUGGCGGCCAGGAGGUGACGCUGCCUGCCAUGCUUCCGGUCAUGGGCAGCACGCCUGGCGGCACGCGGUGGGCGGGCCCAGAGCUGGGGGAGCACACGGAUGAUAUCCUGCGCAGCGAGCUGGGCCUGGGGGAUGCCGAGAUCCAGCGGCUGCGGGACUGUGGUGCCAUCUGA